AUGUAUGAUAUUUGGAAUGAUUAUUGUUAAAUCAUAAACUAUUAAUCUAGUAUUAAUUUAGAAAUGAGGGAAACGAUUAUGACUCAAGGAGGAGAAAUUAAAUUAUAAUUAAGUUUAAGAGAUGAGGUAAAACAAUUUGUUUAAUUCCCUGGCACAAUUUCAAAAGUAGAACAAUUCAAGAAUUUAAAAUUUUUGUUGAAUAAUAAUUUAUAACAUAACCAUAUUGUUAAAUUUCAACUUAUUUAACUUCAUAAAAUAUCAAAUUACACAUACCACUAUGGAUUAAUUUAACUCGAAUCUUGGGUUAAGAUUGAUUAUAAUUAUAAUGUGAACCUUUCAGCCAGCGUUUUUGGCGCUGAAAUAUUAUCUUUAUCUCAUUUUCAGGAUUAUUAAAAGUUAGUUGAUUUAUAGUAUUGUCUUAUUUAAGCAUGGUAAUAGGGUUUGAGAAAUGGAGUGUAUUUUUAAACUCUCAAUCAGAUAAUUCCAGAUCUUUUCAAACUUGAUGGACAAUUUUUCGGUAAAAGUGAGUUUGCAUUCCAUACUUUAAAAUAAGAUUUAAGACAAUGGCAUUAUGUUUCUAUUCUUUACGGUUUUGAUAAUGCAUAAGUUCCAGUUUCAAAAAUGAAAAUGUGGUUCAAUGAUGGGGAUGUCUAUGAAGCUCAAUAUCAUAAUAGAACAUAUCAUUUCAGUGAACUUGUCAUAAGAAUUAGAAGCGGAGUCUUACUUGAAAUGUCCGUUAAUGGGUUGUAGAUAACAAGAGAAAGUAGUAAGAUAACUGUUUGCUUACCGGAGUCAUUUGAUCUUAUGAAAAGUAAGUUUUUUUUGAUUAAUAAAGAAUGUCACUUUAGUUGUUUAGAUUGUAACGGUCCAUAUAUUAAUUAAUGCAUAAGUUGUGAUUAAAAUUCUAAUAGAUAUCUCGAAAAUAGUUAUUGUAAAUGCAGUCUAGGCUAUAUUGAAAAUAAUCUUGGAAAUUGCAUAUAAUUCUUGGAUUUCUAUCCCACUUCAAUAUAAGAUUAUAAUGCCAAGAAUUAAACUCUAUCUUAAUUUGGUUAUUUUCCAAUUAAAGAAGUCGAUAAUCAAAUAAUUUAUAUACGUUGUCCUUAAUUUAAUGAAAUUAAUUAGGAAAAGGUAAGAUGCAUUGAAUGUUUGACUUAACCCGAAUCCUUUGCUAAAUUAUUGAAAUGUGAAUCCGAUUAUGUUUUUAAUAGUUAUGGUCAAUAUGAAUUAAUUUAGAGAGAAGAUAAAGAUAUUGAAUUAUAUGUUCUUGAUACUUCAACAUCAUCCCUUACGUUGUGCGUUGGUUGUAAAUCUUUUUGUAACUACAAUAUUGAUUUGAAUUGUCAUUUUCAUACAUUCUUACAAGUAUAUAUUUAAUGUCAAUCGCAAUUCUAUUAUAAAAACGGAGAAUGUGAUGUGUGUAAUUUUAAAUGUAAGACAUGCGUAGAUUUUUUUAUUUGCACAUCUUGUUAUGAUUAACAAGUUUUGAAUCCUCUUAAUAAUGAAUGUCUUGAAUGUCCAAAGGAAUGUUUAGAAUGCGAAUAUAAUUCUGGCGUUAAAUGUAAAUAAUGCAUAGGAUAAUAUUCAGUGUUUUAAGGAUUAUGUUACCCUUGUAGUAAAUAUUGCUUAGAAUGCAUAUAUGUUUAAAAUCCGAAAGAUGGAUCGUAUUAUAAUAGAUGCAUUAAUUGCAUAGAUAAUUCAAAAUAUUAUUUAUCAAUCAAUGCAGUUGAUUGUAUUCAAAAUCUAGAUCUUAAUUGUAUAUAUGCGAUCUAAUUUCAUAAAUCCUGGUUUAUGAGAAAUAGGGUAAAUACUAUAUAUCACAUGUAUGAAAAAGGAGAUUAUAAUUCUGAUUAACUUAUUAAUUAUUGUGCCUUGUGUGCUGAAGGUUAUGCUUCGUUACUUUCAGGAUCAUGUAUUAGAAUAGAUACAAUUCCUGAUAAUAUAGAAAAUAAACAAUAUUGCACACAAAUGUACUAAAUGGAGUUGUAUCAAUAAUUUUAAUUAAAUAAAUUAUAGUACUAAUGUUUGGUUUACUCAAAAGAUUUAAAUUAAAUUGUUUCAAUGUCAAAUGAUUGUGAAAAUAUUUUGUUUAAUUGUGCCUACUGUUUCAAAAAUAUUUGUUUGUUUUGUCUACCUGGAUAUUAUACUGAAUUAGUUACUGGAGAGUGCAUUGCAUGUCCAUCAGAAUUACAUUGUUAUAAAUGUGAAUAGCGAUCAAAGUAAUGGAAGAAUGGUUGGAAAAUUUGGUAUGCUAUGGUUCAUUACAUCAUGAAACGUAGUAGCAUUUAUGGUGAUAUAUUCGGAAAUGAACCAUAAGAUAAAUUAGAAGUUGUUUGUAAGGUUUGUACAGUAGAUUUUGAAUUUUACUAAGAUAAAUGUAUCAAGAAAUGUGCAGAUAAUUGUGAGCUCUGCAUAAAAAGUAAUGGAUAAAAUAAAUGUGUUAAAUGUAAGAUGUACGAAGGUCGACGUCUGUCUCUAUAUGAUGGUGAAUGCAUUGAUUGUCCAAGGUAUUGUCAGAUUUGUAAACCUAAAUCAAACUUAUAAUUAUAAAGUGCUAAUCCAUAUUUCACAAAUUCUAAUGUCUAAUCUUCUACACAUUCUUGUUUGUUGUUAUAAACUGAAUUAAGCUUUUAAGACUAUUAUUACGAUACUAAGUUUUAAUAAUUCUUCAAGUUAAGUGAAACUGGAGCAGAUCCUAAUUCAAUUACAUUGAAAUUCAACCUUUAUUGUAACUCAGAGCUCUUUAAUUAGCAUCUAGAAUUGGCAUUAGAUAAAUAGCUUUUUCUACAGUAAAAUGUUAAAAUUGAUGAACUAUUAACCAAUAAUAAAUCUUAAAGCAAUUUUGGAAGAAUUGAAAAUCUAAAUUUGUAUACAUAUCUCAACAUAUAACAGAUUUAAGAAGUUGAAUUAUAAUUUAGCUUUAUUUAACAUUGUACUAUAGAGCUUCACUCUUAUAUUUUCACUACUUUAAUAUAAAACAUUUAUUUUGUCACUUCAGCUAAGAUCACUUUAAUAGGUAAUGGAUACACUUUAUUCCUUAACUCAAAUCUAGAAAUACUGGAUUUUGAAUCUAUUUCAAUGCGAAAUCUAAUAAUUUAGCCUUAAUCAACUAUGAAAAUUCAUUUAUAAUCUUUAAGUGCUUUGAAAGUACUAUUUUAUGAAGUAGUUAUACAAUAAUAAUUAGAAGAUUAAAAUCCAAUAAUAUUUAAUAUUAUAUCCACAAAUCUCUAGCAAUUAUAGAUUUAAAACUUAUCAAUAUAGAAUCUAAAUCUAUAAUCUGUCACUAGUUUGUUUUACUUCGAAUAUACAGUUUAGUAACAAUAUAUUAACAUAAAUAUUGAUCAAUUUACAAUUAAAAAUUCAAACAUGCACAAUUCAAAUAUCAUUUUACUUGAUAAUUACUUUUAGCAAACAACAAAUUGUUAUAUUAAUAACAUUCUGAUCACAAAUUCCAAUCUUUAUUCAAGCCAAUUUAUGAAAAUUAAAAAUAAUUAAUAUCUAGUUAUGUAAGGGUCUAUAUCAUAAAUAUCGAUCGUUUUAUCCUUCCUAUCAGAUAUUCAACCUCUAUUCUAGACCUUUUGUUAUAAAAGUUUAAAUAUUAGCGGAAUCUCUUUAAAAAAUUCAACAUUCUAAAAUUUUAUUCUAUUUUAAACAACUAAUAACUAAAUUAAUAAAGACUAUUAAAUUAAGCUUUGUAGUUUAGAGAAUAGCUCGAUUAUUAAUUUUGUUUAAGAUUACUAGUUUCAAUCUAUCAUAUUACAGAAUAUUGAAGUUAAUUAAGUAUUUCAUGACUAUAAAACAAUCCUUCUAAAUUUAGUAUCAAAUGACUUUACUAGCACAAUUAAGAUGUCAAAUAUUAUUUUAGAUACAAUCACUAUUUUUGAUAAUAUUUAACUGGUUUCCAGUUUAUAAUCAAUUUCCUCCAUUAUUAUAAUAUAAUCUAACUUUAUUGAAAUAUCUGAUGUAAGAAUCAUCAGAUCAUCUGGUAUUACUGAAUUAUUAUUAUCCUCAGCUAUGAACUUAGUACUCUCAAAUUUUACUAUUACAUUAAACUAAAAGUACUUCUUUAAAAGUAUUAUCACUGAUGAAUAAUGUUCAUAACUUAAUAAAUAUUCUAAAUAUACAUCUACUUUAAUUAUUUAGAAGGUAUAAAACAUUAGAAUACAGAACUUUUAUAUAUCUAAUCUUAUUCUUUUAGAUUUCCCGAUGAUUUACAUAAUCUCCAUAGCAACAUAAAUUAUAAGAAGAUCUGAAUCUGUUAUUAUUGAUUUCAUGAAUGUAGAUAAUUGCAUCAUUUAAAAGAGUUAGACUAUUAAUUAGAUAUCUGGGAUUCUUAUAUAAUCGGAAUAACAAUAAGAUAUCCAAAUUCUAAAUUCUAAAUUUAAUAAUAACAUUUACUAUUCAUACUAUAAAGAAUCUGAGUCUGACUCAGCUUUAAUAUUCUAUAUAAUUGCAUAAAAUUCGAAAAUAUAGUUGAUCAAUUGCCAGUUUAACCAAAAUUAUGUCUCUUAAAGUGAAAAUAGUUUGUUAUAUAUAAAUGCAGAAUAAAUUAAUGUAAUUGAUUCAUCUUUUUUUUCAACUAAUUACAUCUUUGAUAGCUUUUUGAAGCACAUAAAUUGGAAAUAUCAACCUUAUACCUUAACAUUAGAAUAAAUCAAAAAUUAAUUUUAAGUACAAUCCACAAGUGGAAAUGGUUAACUAAUAUCUUCCUCAGUUUAAAUUUAGAAACAUAAAUAUUGA